AGAGUUCCGCUCUUUGGCUCAGCCCCAUUGCAGUGUUGAAGGUGCUCCGCGCUGAGAGCAGUCAUUCUGGGGCAGGAUAGUGGAACUGUGUGAUCGCUGUGGUUACACAGCACCCUUUAGGCUCACCGCAUGACAUCGAAAUAAGCUGCGUCUGUCCGGGGCAACCAAGAGGGGGGUCUCUGAGGAAGAUGCUGGGCUCAGAGCGUGGUGUAGUCGAAGAAUGGCUCUCAGAAUUCAAGUCUCUACCAGAAACCCACAUCCCCAGCUAUGCGGGCAGCCUUCAUCUAAAGAAGUCCUUGGUUCCAGCACUCUACAGAGUCAUUCAGGACCCCAACAAUGAGCUGCUGGAGCCCGUGUGCCACCAACUGUUUGAACUGUACCGGAGCUCUGAAGACCGCCUGCGACGCUUCACUCUGCAGUUCCUGCCUGAGCUGGUGUGGGUGUAUUUGCGCACCACUUCUAGCAGAGAUCGGCAGAGCAAUGGCUGCAUCGAGGCCCUCCUCUUGGGCAUCUACAACCUGGAAAUUGUGGACAAAGACGGCAAUAACAAACUCCUCUCCUUCACAAUCCCAUCUCUGUCCAAACCAUCAAUAUAUCACGAGCCUUCCAGUCUUGGAUCCAUGGCACUGACAGAGGGAGCUCUGUGUCAGCACGACCUGAUCAGAGUGGUGUACAGCGGCCUCCACCCUCAGAGAGAGACCUUCACUGCACAGAACAGGUUUGAAGUGCUGUGUUUCCUAAUGCUUUGCUACAACUCUGCUGUGGUCUACAUGCCGCUUUCUUCCUAUCAGUCAGUUUGCAGAAUGAGCUCAAGGUUGUGUGUAUGUGGCUUCCCAAGACAGCAGCAAAAGCUUUGGAGAGAACCUUGCAACCGCGUGCUCCUGGACCCAGAGUUCAUGGUGCAGAUGCUGACUGCUGUUUAUCACGCUAUAUACAACGGUGAGUGGGAGAUGGGGCGGGAAGCUCUGGAGGACAUCAUGUACAGAGCUCAGCUGGAACUUUACUCCCAGCCUCUGCUGUUAAGUAACGCCAUGAGGAAUUCUCUACCAGACAGUGCUCCUAUGGAGCCACGAGGACGCAAGGUUCUUCAGGUGGAGGUCACCCCCACCGUUAGCCGCAUUUCCAUUUCAGCUAUCACCACAGCCUCUAUACGGCGCCACCGUUGGAAGAGAGAGGAUUGUUUUGACUACUCAACUGAUGCAGAGUUGAGCCUCACCAUCACUCCUCCUAGCCACGCCCAUCACCGCACACCCCGGGACCCGACGGCCACAGAGGAAAGAGGAGAGCGGGGUCAGAGUCACCACCGCAGCAGCGGCGUCAUUCCCCCCAUCACACUCGAGGAUGCCGAUGGUCUGAGUGGCGGGGAGGAUUCCUUCAACGUGAAUGACCCAGAUGAAGGUUUCUCCUCCGGGGCGUCCAACAGCAGUCAGCCCAGCAACACCAAAGCAGGCGGUGGUGUGGGGCCGAGAGGCGGCAGCCUGAGCAGCAGCAGCAGCAUCAAAAAAGCCAUUACAGCCCGGCUGUCUCGAGACAAGGAGAAGGAACGGGAGAGAGAAGGGGAGAAACAGACAGCUUUGUUGGUGGAGCCACAGGCCGCUCCGAAGAGGCACCGCCAGAGGCAGCAGUCCCCCCCGGCCAGCAUCGUCUUGGAUGUAAUCAGGCUGAGCCCCAUAAAGAAGCACCUGAGCUUCCCUGCUGGGCCCAUGCUGGUGCGGACUGGAAGCACCUCCUCCAGCAAAUCAUUUGACUGCACAAAUUUCGAUCUGAACGGCAGAGGAGAUGACCGGCAGGUGGGGGCAGGCGCCACCAACAGGGAAGGGUUGCAUCCAGCAGGUGGCUCCCACCGCCACUCCACUAUUAGCCUGCAGGAGGAGCACCUGAUCAGGCCGGAGGAGGCCCGGGACUUGCUGUCCCCCAGUGCUCCCCUCACCAAGCAGUCCCGCUCCCCCAGUUUCAACAUGCAGAUUAUAUCACAGGUGUAACAUGGGACACACGGUGUGGCUUCUCACAUCUUACUUGUUCGUAACAAACGUCCUCAUACUGUUUGUUUGUAUGUUUUUGUUUUGUUUAGUUUUUGUGGCUCCUCAGAGCCCAAAUCUGACAGUUCCACUCUCAUCUGUGUUGAGUAUUUUGUGUGUGUGUGCAGAAGACUUUGUCAUCAUCAUUUUAAAAAAAAAAGGGAAAAGAAAUCAUUAACUUACUCUUCAUCUGCAUUUGUUGUCGGGGAGUAAGAAUGGAGCCAAAAAACAAACAAACAAAAAAAAUCCAUGAAUGAAACAGGACCGACGUCUGCAUGCGCUGCAGCCUCCAUUCUAACUGAGCAUUCCACACAAUCUCUCCUCUAAAGCAGGAAAGAGUUUGAGAAAAUUACUACGGAUUGUGCACUUGCUGUAAAAGAAUUUUCUAAAGUUUUACGUUUUUGAGUGAAUUAGUCAGACUCGAUCAGCAAUAAGACUUCCUGCUCUCACUGUCAUUCCUUCCCUUUUUUCAUCCUGGGCUCACGUGCAAUUAUACUUACAGAUUAUCUGUUAAAUUGUGUUUUUAAUGUCCAUUUUUAUACAUUUCUUUCAAUCACAAUCCAAAGAGGGUAAAACUUUUAACUGUUUGUAUUUCAGUCCAAGUGAAUUUUCUUGAAGGAUUUCAGUCCAGGAGCUUCAGUUGAGGAGCUUUCUCGGCAUUGACAACAUAAAUGUGAAUUGUGAUUCGGGUUCAAACCAUUUAUGGCUCCUCCCUCAAAGCACUUGUUUGUGUGCUUGUCAGUCUGUAGCUUCUGUGCAGUUUUCUCUUUCUUUUUUAGCUGGGGUAUGACUGCCCUCUAAAGGCUCACUUUUGUCACUGCAUGCCAGCAGACACCAUGGCAGCCAGCUGAGGUUUGGAUGCUCAUAAAACGUUUUGUUCUACCUCAUUGUGUGUCACACCUGCCACUCGGACACGGCGUCUCCAAGUCCCAGGCGGCUGUAACAGACCCGCUUUAGGCUGAAGGGCCAGUGUGGCGACCAAAAUGACUUCACAAUGCAACUGUAAUGACACUAAAAAUCCAUGUUUGUCAAUAAGUUAGCUGUGACUGAAUAUUUUGGGUUUGCAUUUCAGUUGUGCACAAGAUUUGGCUGCAAGAAAAGAACCAUCUGUCUCUGUCUUCAAGUGUUUUUUGUUUUGUUUUGUUUUGAAUCUGCUGCAUCAGAAUAACUGGAAUAUUGGAAUUCCCUAAAAUGUCCUGCUUAUAUUUUUGGAUGUCGUGACAAUUUUAAAAGUGCAAUUUAGAACGCCCCCCCCCAAAAAAAUAUCUUUCCUGUGCACAGAGUUGGCCUGCUUCUGCUGUUAAAUGCUUGCAUCUACUGUAGUGGCACCCACCCCACCCGCCCAUAAGAAACAGCCAGCGAGCCAAACCCAAAGUUUUGUCCUCGUCUUUGCCAAAUGUGCCAGUACGCAUCCUCUCACAAGGAAGUGGGUUUUGCUUGUCUUAAUUUUUUUUAAAUUGCCUUUUUUUCUGUUUACUUGUCUUAUAUAGAGUUUUUUUUUUAAAGGAUGUUUGGCUCAAUGUGCCCUCAGAUGCAGCGUUGAUUCUGAACUUGGCUUGUAUAUCUCACUGUCCAUUAUCAAGCUUUUCCGUUUGUGUGUAAAAGCCUUAGCAGUAAAUUAUGCUUCCGUCUAGUUGUCAGGUGUUGUGCUCGAUCUCCGCACGAAGCUCGCAACCUGGUUCUGAAACAGGAGAAGUUCUUAAUGUAACGCGCUCACUGAAUGCAAUGUGCACGUUAAAAGAUUGUGGUUCGGCUUGAACGCACUCCCACACUCCUGCGCAGGAUUAGAGAGCAGUGCAGCUAUGCCAAAACGUCCUGCUCCCUGCUGGUUUAUCUCCUGUCACCCUCGUGCUGAUUGGCUCGUGAUGAGUCGUGUUCCUGUUUGCUGUAUUUUGCUGUGAGUUGAGUGGCACCUUUUGUUGUUUAAAACUGGUGACGUGUCAUUAAAUCAAGUGAGGCUGCCAGCACCGCGUCGGUAUUGGAUGUUGUCUUUGCGCAAUGGACAAAGAUCCCUCGGUGUGUGGUGUUACACCGCAUGUGAUCCGGGUGGGAAGUGAACAGCCAACAUAUGUUGAUGUGUUUUGAAUGUAGCUUGUCUUUACUGCAGAUUUAGUGACCUUGUAUUUUUUUGUUUUUAAGCCCCUCCUACUUUCUUAAAGGGGUUGUAUUAUACAUUUUCAGCAAGUUGGUAUGCUUAGGUUACCGGGUGUUUUAAAAAUGGAUGUUUAAAUUUGACAGUAAAAAUAUGUGGGUGCAUCAUGAAGAAAACUCACUUUUAGGUCUGCCAGAAAAAAAUGUUUCUGUUGUUACCCAACGGCCAAAAUACAGCCAUCGGGUAUUGCGAAGACUUUGCUUCCAUCCGUCUGUCUUGUUUGGCCUCAGCAUAAGUCCAGUCCUAUUACUGUGAGGGUCUUCAAAUUCACAGGGAGCAUUCUUGGGACGCAGACCUUGGACAAGUUCAAAGCUGGCUAACCUUGACCUAUUCUAAGGGGUCAAAAGGUCACAUUCUUUCUACACACCCUUACGUUGAUGACAUGCUCAUACUGCCGAGGGCAUUUUAGCAUUGUCUUAUAUUUUUAAAUGUAAAGGAGCUGUUGCUUACCACACCCUCUCUAACAAGGGACAGGCUUUUUCUUACUUUUCCCUGACAGAUCCUACUGGAGAAUUGCACAGAGUGAGCCAGAUGUGGACAUAUGUCACAUAUGUCCUAACUAGCUGUUUUAGACUCAGGUUUUGCUUGAAGCUGAGUAGUUUCUACAUGUGUAGGCACAAAACUGUGAAACUUUCAGGGUGUUUAAAGUAAAAUACCAUGCACACUGAACAGUAAAAGGCAGAUAAUUUUGUUUUGUAUAGUACAACCCCUUUAAAUGUGUCUUUAAACCACAUGUACCUGUAGGAGGAGUAAGCCAAGUCUGGGAGCCAUUUACAGCUGGAUGGACUGGGACAAUGCAGAUGAAAUGUCUGCUCCAAAGACAUAGGUAGCUCGAUGGGGACUCAAACCCAAGUCUCCAUAUUGGGAGUCCAGCUCCAGUCCACUGAGCUCCCUGUUUCUGCAGGUAUUUGCUUGGUAGUUUUGGACACUCAACACCACAGUGUCUGUUGUGCAGGGUUCACUUCCCACCCUCCAUGUGAUAUGUGUGCGCUUUAUUUUCAUACAGUAUGAAGCACUUUAAUUCACCUCUGUCCUCAAUCACUUAAAAUAAUGUAUAGAUGCUUAGAUGUGUAUACAAUCAGUGCAGGGUUUUAGUCUCUUUAAAUAGUACUUUGAGAUGUCACAUCUGACACGUUGCUGUGUUUAUUCUGUCUGGGGGUACAACUAUUUAUUUCUUUAAAAAUAUAAAAUUUAAGAGGUCAGGAUGGUCUCAGGCAUUUGUUUCAUGGAAAAAAAAAAACAUUUUUUAAAGAAAAAGGCAGCACUAAAAUUUCUGUUCUUGAGGUCAGAAUUGAUUCUAUGCAACAUUUUAUCCAUCUUUAGUUUUUAAAUAGGCCUUCAUUCUGUUACAUGAAAGGACAAAUGCAUUUCAAAUGAUGUUUAAACGGUGUCUUGUUGGGUGAUUGCAUCUGCAUGGACUGAAGGAUCGGUCAUGUCCCGUGUCCUGCAUUCAUCACCAGUUCGCCCUCACAGACAGAAAUUCAGACGUGUACCUGCGCUGCAUGUUGAGCCCUUCUGUCAGUUUGCUGCUCUGUGGCUCAAAGUGUAUGAAAUAUAAACAAAAUUCUAAAUGAUGAUUUUAAAUGCUUCAGUGGAAGCUGCUGGAAAUGUGAUUACACUGUAGUGUUUGAUGUAUAAAUGGAGAGAGACUUAUUUUAAACCUUGUAAAUAAAUGUACAAAAGAGUGAAAGGAAGAUUAAAGCUGAAAAUCAGACAUUUAGAGAGAAAUUAAUCUGUAUAUUGUUGAAUAAAUAUUGUGCCGUAAUGGA